GCAAGGGUAGCCUUGUACGAUAUUUUUCCCCGCUUACCUUUGUAGACCAGUCAACGUAAUGUCUAAGUUCAGUACUCCUCAUGAGGUUGUUUGAAAUAGUGCACUGGAUGGAUUAAUAAUGUGUACAAAAAUAUAUGAAAGUGCGACAUCCUAGGCUGCGACUGGGCAACGGCCUCACCAAAUAGAAGUCGAGGGAAAGCAAGAAUUAUAGCAGGUAUUCGUAAGAGGAUUUUCUUUGUCCAUCCAGUGAACACAUUUCAGUUACUCCCCGACCGUGUGAAUCUUUUGAUUAGUUAUUAUCAGUGAAUGGAAAGUGUAAAAGUGGUGUGAUCUACCCGAAGUUAGAAAGCUUCAGGAAUGGAAAUGAUUGAGAAAAAACGACUUAGUUCAUAACUUACUCCAAGGUUUAUUCUAAAGGCGAAUAGUGCUGAGAUAAAAUGUGAAGCGACCCAAAUAACCAGUCAAGUGCCCCAGGUUAGAGAAGCGGAACCACCAAGGAAGCGUUCCUCCUCCCCCUGGCCUUAUUCAUCGCUCCUGAUGUUCAAGCUGAAUCAACAGAAGGGGAAACAGGACAACUAUUGCAAGUCUUAAGUUCAGACUGGCCAGAAAACGGAAGAAGAAGAAGUAACGAUCCAAGCUACGAGGUUCAAACUGGGUAAGAAAAGGAAAAAGAAAAAAAAAAAAAAAAAAAGGGUCCCCCCACACUGCUUGGAUCAGGCUCAUGGAUCAAGCAUUUCCCAGCGGGAAAAUCCGACAGAGAAAGACUUUUUAAAAGUCCAACCAAGUCUGACAAUUAAGAUUGGAAGACUUACCCACCCUACCCCACCCCUGCCGUUUUCGGGAGAUUUUUAGAGGAAAUUUUGGAAACGGACCACCAUGCUGCCCUCGCCCAUGAGAGCUCUGAGGCGGGCGACGCCCACGCCCAAGGAAAAGUCGCCCGAUGAAUUGCACCUGGCCGUUCUCACGGGAAGGACCAAAAGGAUUAAACAUCUCCUCAGGAAAGGCGUCCACAUCGAGAGCGUCAAUUCCCACGGCCAGACGCCUCUUUUCUGCGCAGCCUUCGGCGGCGACAACGAGGUCGUCUCGCUCCUCCUGAAGCUCGGCGCCAAUCCCAACAGGCGCUGUGGUUCCAACGGCGCCACUCCAGUCCACGGCGCCGCCUACCGAGGUUCCAGGAGAGUCCUCAGAUUGCUCGUGGAGGCUGGGGGAGACCUCACCCUCGAGGAUAAUGCAGAGCAGACACCAAGGGAUUACGCCUUGAAGCAACCCUCGCCCAUCCGCCGGCAGAAGAUCCUUCACUUUCUGGACCUCCUCUUGGCCAUGACACUCCAUCGAUCUCUGGCCAGAACAGCAACGAUUCCACAUGGGACCUUGACACACCCUGCCUCCAAGACAUCUCUCAGCCUCAAGAGGGAAGGCAGCCUGGCUAGUAUAUGGGGGGCAUGUCUCAAUGAUUCUGGCGCCCCCUCGCCCAGGUCCCCUUCGUUCUCUAAUGUUCCUCCUUCUAAUCUGCACAAGACGGUUUCGUGUCACCUUUUGGACCAGAUGUACGUGUCAACGUCACUGCCGCUUCUCAACCCAGCUGAUCUCAAGCGUCCGGAACUCACUGGAGUUGCUUACACAUGUGGUGGUCCUACCGUUUAUUCCCCGUACACGUGGCUGGGGACUAAUGUCACCGUGAGGAGGCCGACGCCAGCUCUCUCGCUACCGAAGGAAAACGUCCAAAAAGGUGAGGACAAAAGCUCGCCAGACCCUGGAGCGUGCAAAGCGUUGGUCCAAGAGCUCUCGAUCCUUCGGCGCCUUCGUCACCCUGCUUUCCUAGAGGUGAUGGCAGCGUGCCACGUCUCUUCGCCACAACCGGACCACAUCACUCUCGUCUUCCAGAAUGUUCCUUACGGCUCACUCUACCAUCACCUUCACGUCCAGCAUCGGGAUUUGAGCAUCGGCGGAGCCGUCGACAUCUUAGUCGGUCUCGUGGAGGCCCUUUUAUUCCUCCACGCCCACGGCUGGCUUCACGCAGCUCUCUCCUCCCACGCCCUUCAUCUGAUAUCGACAAACCAUGCCAAACUCGGGGCAUUCGAAUUUGCCAUGGAAAUGCAUGGAAAGGGCUGCAGUAUGAAAGCCCCGCAACUCUCAAGGGCCGCCUGGCUACAUCCCUGGCAGGCGCCUGAAACUCUCAGCGAGCAGAUGGUGUCAGUGCGCUCUGAAAUAUAUUCCUUUACCGCCAUCAUGUGGGAAAUUUGGUCCGGUAUGCCUCCUUGGUGUGGCGUCGAAGAGGCAGAGCUGAAAAGGAAAGUUGGCAGUGGUGAAACUUUGCCUCCUGUGGGUGGAGAACCUCAGUCACUGGUCACUUACCUGACGGAAUAUGGACUGAAAUGGAAUUCCCAUGAAAGAGAACUUGAUCUUCAAGAAAUACAUACCAUGUUGAGGUCUUUGAGGAUACAGUCCAACGAAGAGGACCGAGUGCCUGCCAUUCCCGCGUGGGGUCCCCCCUCCAUCCCCAACACCCCAGUCAUCGGAAGGCACGCAUCCCAGACCUCGUCCCCAUCUCAUAGCAACACCCCAGCACCUGGCGGGAGCUCUGAACGGAGAAAGAGCGAGCCCCUCGGUCGAAGGGACAGCUCUGGGUCCACCUCAAGCUCGUACAACGACUACGCCAACAGAAAUCUACAAACGAAGCCAAGGCAGAUGACGGUGACCAGCGAAGUUCAUCAUCAGAAACCACUGAUUUCGGAAGAACAUCCGAGUACCAGUCAGGAUCCUCAUAAGAGCUCGAAUUACCUGGUGAAUGGCAGGAUCGAUAAAGGCAUUAAAGGAAUCCAUAGCGCGGUCGAGAAGGCCAGAGGCAAGACUGCUAGCAUUGAUAGCGGAUUUUCUACGCCUUGCACUAGGACGCCCAGUCCUAUCAUAGAUACCAUAUCAAGUGCCAAAAUGAACUCAUCCUUCAUCACUUCAACGCCAUCUCGACCACCAACUACAUCUAUAUUACGCGUUGAUCUCCAACCUGAUCUCUUGCCAAACAAAGUCAGCGUGAAAGCGCUGACUAAUAACCAGACGCCUGACAUUCUCUCCCGUGGGCCAGUCGAGUAUCACAGAAGCAGAAACAGAGACAGUCUCGGGACGGAGAGAGGCGCAGGAGCUCUCCACGCCGGCCUCCAUCCCAUUGUACCGGUCACAGAUUCGGACAAUGACCAGUCACACAUCAGUUCGCCGUCGGACGAAGAGCACGCUUCCAAUUUUGGGUACAUUUCCAAUGCUGCCAAACGGGCAUUCCUGAUGGACAGUGAUACCGGGGAAGAAAUAACAGCGGCACCAGAGAGGCCUUCGAGCGCUUCCAGAAUUGAAAGAAACCAACUGCAAAGCAAAGCCUCCGAGAGUCUCAGGACCUCGGAAGUGGUGCGCAAAGGUUUGAGCAUGACAAACAUCAACUGUCCCUCGUUUACCACGAGCACCACGAGCGUCACUAGGACCACGUCUCACAUCUCUCUAACGAGCGCUUCUUCUUCCUCCACGAGCAGUGAUAUCAUUGGACGAAGGCCGGUGCGCACUGUCAGUCAAAUCACCUUAACUUUAAGAAAAUUGUCACAAGUCUCAGAUUCCUCCUCAAGUAAAGACGACCUCGAUGAUCCUCAAAUCGAGCAACAAAGUCGAACUCGAAGGUCACGCUCUGUGCCAAAGAGCCCAGUACAAACUGCCAGUCUGUGCAGUUCCAGAACCAACCGAAAGGAGAGCGGCGGCGGCGGCGGAAGGGGAUGGGACGAAAUCACAGGCAUUAAACCAGCGAGUCACCAGCUGACGCGUCAUUCCUCCUCUUGCUCUUUGGCAAGUGGUCCCUCCAGCCCUGUGCACCACGCCGCUGGUUCCUCUAACACAUGGUCGCCUUCCAGGUGCCUUUCCAGGGCAGGACAGAAAACAAGGGCAUCUUCUAAUCAGAAUUCACCUAUCCAUUCACCUAGGGAAUCAAGCAACAAAACUGCAGUUGGACGCCGAUGGAACAGCGUUAGUGGCACUCCAGGGGGCCUGGGAGAGACUGCAGUCAAAAUUCAGACCAGGCGUCAUUCAGAAGGUCCAAGAGCAAGAACGCGUAAAGGGAGACGUCGGCAGGAAGUGGAGGUCGAGGAGGAGUUCUUUGAUGACGAGUUCAAUGCUCUCUUGUUCCAGCAGCCCCACAUGCAACUAUCAGUAGGCUCCUCAGAGAAUCUUCUGGAUAGUAGGGCACCACACUCCAUGCUAGCAGAUGGCUCAGCAUCUCCAGUCAGUCUGGGAUUCAGCAGUUUCUCUCCAAGUCUUACAAGCAGCGAAGACGAGGAUGACGAGGCGGAACCGAGGGAGGGAGCAUCAGGAAGAGCUCGCUGGAGACUUGGGGCUGUUGCGGAAGACGGAAACUCCGAGGAAGAGGACGAGAACAAGAAAAGGGAAGAGAAGAAGAAGAAGAAGAACGUGAAUCAGUCGGAGAAGUUGCCAAUAACCAGUGAGGGUGAAGUGACUAGUGACGCGGACGAUGCUUUCAGUGGUCCGUGGCGAGUGAAAGACUUCAAUAAGGAGUACGAACCUCUCAAAAGUGUUCAGCUUCUCAAAAAUCUAGAAAAGAAUCUAAGCACCUAUCUCCCGACGUAUUCCAUCGGGAGUGACACGGAGACUGGGGAACCAUGAUCGUCCGUGUUCGCGAUAGAUCGAUCAAUCGGGUGCAUUUACUGUUUGCAUUUAGAGAAGAUAUACGUAUACAUAUCAUGCCAUGUGUUGGCGGGUUGUGUUAGGAUAACGACCACUUCGCAACUUUCCAGUGGGAGGGAGGGAGGGGGUGAUACUGCAUAAAUAUGUACUGUAUAUAAUUCGUUUGCCUCAUACGCUCAUAAUACUUCAUUUGUAAUUCUCCAUUUCAUGCUAAAAUAAUCAACUUUUACCGUCAAGCCUGAAGUAGCAGAAAGCACUUGAUUCUUUUUGUUGUUUCUGAUAGAAUGUUGUGAACUGUAUACCUACCCCUGAGAAUGGAACAUGUACUAUAAAGUUCACUCGAGUGUCGUAUUCAGGCAUUUCUUUUCAUUGUUAGGCAGAGCUUAACUUAAUGCUUGCUUUUACAAUGUGUUUUUAAUUCAAGGAAGUAAUAUGUCGUCAUUCUUUGGACAUUUCAGUGUAGAAUAUGCAUUCUUCUUUUUGGAGUUGGGGAAAAGGGGACGUUGAAAGUUUGCUGCAAGCUUAGCCUGCUAACAAGUGGCCAAGUGUUUUCGAAGAUUAACCCGGGACCUUCCUUCCCUGACUCCUCCCUCAGUCGUAGGUGUCACAUUGACAAGUACAACAGGUCGAGUCAGGAAGAAGAGGUUUCUUGUCAUUAUUAUUAUGGACUGCUUGAGAAAAUGGAGGUUGUUCAUGUUAAUAGGGUAAGCAUUUCCAGUAUAGGGCUUUCAUCACAAAACAUUAUUAUAAUACCAGUAACGUCUUUUAGUUGUUAUUUUGUUAUAUUGAUUCGCUGUACCAUUCUACUUAGCAGCUGUGCUAUGUGCUGUAGAUAGUCUUCUCUACCAAAGAUAAAGCAGGUCUUGAAAUACUGGUAAUACUGAUUCUACACGGCCAUCAGGAAGUGAGAUUUGUAAAGCACAUUUUGCAAAUACCGCAUCAUUUUUCAUUCGGUUUAUUUCGUGAUUAUUCGCUUUACAGUGGAUUCAUAAACAUUAGAGAUAAUGGCACUGUAAAUUUAUAGUCAUUAUUUAUUAUUGUUAUCAUAGUCUCUUUCUAAUAAUGAACUGGUUUUGUAUAUUUAUGCGCAUACAUAGACCUUCAUCUCUCUCUAUCUAUGUUACCAGGAAUUUCAAGCUCUGCCCAGGAACUGCUACUGAUGGGGAACUGAAUAAAAAUGUUCUGGAUACUUA